AUGUCUCAUUGCUUCCCGUAUCCUCCACCGGGAUAUGUGAAGAAUGGUAUUCGCGAUGAGGGUCUGAUUGAAUCGAUCAAGCUCCAACGGGAGGGAGAAAAGGCCAAGAAGAAAAGGAAAGAAAGGAAGAAAGAGAAAAAAUUGGAGAAAAAAGAAAAGGAAAAGGUUCAGGGAAGUGAAGCGGUUGAAAGUAAGAAGCACCGACAUAAGAAAAGGCACAAGGAUGAUAGGAACCGAGAAGAUCAUAAAGAAGGAGGCCUUCAAAAGAAAAUAGAGAACGAAUUUGAGAAGAGUAGCCUUACUGAAGAACAUGGGCAUCCGGUUGGAUCUCAGAACUCUUCUGACAACACUCUUAGCAGCACCAAAAGACAGAAGCUGAGCUCACCCCUUGAUGGUGAGAGUAAUUCUAGUGAGUGCCUAUGUGUUUUUCCUUUUCGAGGGGGAGGUUGUUUGCUUGUUGGAGAGAUGUGUCCAAAACUCAUGUUAAGGGUCAAUGAAGAAAAGUCUUGCCUCUCUACAAGAGUGUCUCAAAGUUCUGCUCAGAUGGCUGAGACAGUUGUGCCAUCAAGUUUGUGUGGUCGCUGCUCCCCUCAGUUAGCAUUAAAAUCCAGAGAUGUCAUUGAGAACUGGGUUCCACCUCCAACGGAACUUGACUGCACUUUUGAUGAUAAAGAAUGGUUGUUCAGGGCAAAGCAGGAUCAGAUAUGUGAAGCCAAAAUUGGUGAAGUGGGUAGUCUUGGUUUACCUCUUUCGAAUUCAACUACUUUGCCACACGUUUGUUACUUGCUUGAGGCUGAUAUAUAUGCUUUACCAUUCACCGUGCCCUAUUGA